CACCUGAAAACCUCGUGUGCAUUAAAUGUUGCUAAAAACCCACAGUAUGCAUUGAACAACUUCAAAAUUAUUGCUAUUCCUUUUGCUGUUAGAAUCCUUUUCAAUGCAGCACCACAGAAGGCCCACAAAAUCUUCCUUGAAAGAAUUACUUUAGGGAUGGACAAAGUUCUGUGUCACGGUGAUUUGUGGUCGAUGAACGUUCUGUGGAGGCAAAACGGGUGUGAUCUGGAAAUGGCUGCUGUCAUAGACUACCAGACAGCCCAUUUCGGCUGUGCGGCUACAGACCUUGUACGGCUGCUUUGCGCAUGCCUGAGCGGUAGGGAUCGACGAACGAACUGGGAACAUCUCCUGGAAGAAUUCUACUUAAAUCUCAAAGGAGAAGUAGGGAACAGAAAAAUGCCAUACACUCUCGAACAGGUGAGAAGUUUAUGGAUGCCUUUGAAACAGUGUUUAAAGCUCAACAUAUCUACAUGCAUACAGUGGCGCUCAAAAGUCUUCGGUCAAAUGCUACAUCAGCCGUACUUUUCAGUCGUAACUCCUUUCCUAGUGGAUCUAAUCAUGCGAAAUUUCUAUAUUUGGAGCGUGGGUGUAUUGUGA